UUAUGGUCAUGGAUAACCAAGAUGGCAUUUCACGAUCCAUUGUAGAUGCUCCACCUGCUCAUUACGCAGUGAAAAUACAAUCAUUUUCACUCAUGACAAAGAAUUCUAUAGAGAGAUACGAGUCAGGGAAUUUUGAAGCUGGAGGCUACAAAUGGAAGUUAGUUCUGUACCCUAGCGGAAAUAAGAGCAUGAAUGUAAAGGACCAUAUUUCACUCUACUUGGCGUUGGACGAAGCAAGUUCACUUCAUCAUGGUUGGGAAGUUUAUGUCAAUUUUCGGUUGUUUUUGCAUGAUCAGAACAACGACAACUACCUAGUUGUCCAAGAUGCAGCGAGAAAGGAAAGGAGAUUUCACAAGAUGAAGGUUGAAUGGGGAUUUGAUCAAUUUAUUCCUCUUAAAGAUUUCAACCUUAUCUCUAAAGGUUAUUUGGUGGGUGAUACGUGCGCAAUUGGAGCCGAAGUCUUUGUUUGCAAUGAAAGAAGUACAGGUAAAGGAGAAUGUUUGGUAAUGAUGAAGGAUGCCAUUACUUACAAGCACCAAGGCGAAUUUGAUAACUUCUCAAAGUUGGAUUCAGAAUAUUAUGAGUCUAAAGCUUUCAACGCUGGAAACUACAAAUGGAAGAUAAAACUUUAUCCCAACGGAAAAGGUGCUGAAGUGGGCAGUUAUAUUUCUCUGUACCUGGUCUUGGCUAACCCAUCAGCCCUUUCUCCUAGUUCCAAAAUAUAUGCGCAGAUAAUAUUACGCAUACUUGACCAGAAGCAAGCCAAGCAUCACUUUGGAAAAGCUAACUAUUGGUUUAGUGCCUCAAACCAUGAAAAUGGAGCAUCAAGAUUUAUGUCUAUAAGUAAUUUCACCAAUCAAUACUCUGGUUAUCUGGUGAAAGACAGUUGCUUGGCAGAGGCAGAGGUUACGAUUCUUGGAGUGGUUGAUGCAUUGUCCUAACUUUGUUUAAUGUUUCAAUGUAUGUAUAUAUGCAUAUUCCAAAUGGA